CAUUUAAAAUGUUCCCCUGAACAGAAACCCGCACAAUAUUACAAAACACUUUUAAAAAUAAAUAAAAAUUUCUCAAUAAAAAAAACUAAAAUUUACCUCGAAAAAUGGCUCGCUACAAUUGGCUUUACCGCAAAGUGCGAAAAUACAUGCAGCCCGUAGACUUUGAUGUCGCCGAAAAAUGGAAGAAACGCCUGUCACUCAUCUAUUUCUUGUGUGCCUGGAACGCAAUUGCCUUCAUCGGAUUUCAAUACUACCGCGGCAAAGGCGAUUGGGCGAAAGCUGCAGGUCUCAAAACGGAAGGCGAGGAAAAAAUUCCCGUCGCCGCGCAAUACGCCAACGUCCUUGGCAUCAAAAAUGCUCAUGUCACGAGGAUAUCGGGCUUAAAAAAAUCCGCCGAAUACGAAAUUGUCGACGGCGAAGUGCGGUUCAAAGACACAAAUGACCAAAAUGAGUCAAUUUCUAGUUAAAAUUUUUAAUUUUGUGUAGUUAAUAAAUUUAUUUAAUAAUAAAAAUAAUU